GCCUUGCAGGAGACAGAUAAAGACCACAUAGAAGAAACAACUCCGGUACCAAUGCAAGAAAUAAAUUCAGCGUUAAAAGAAUGCGGCUUUGGCUGGUUUCAGAGAAGACUUCUGUGCGCAUCUUUUUUUGCAUUUAUGUGCGGUGUCUUUGUGACUAAUACCACGCCAUAUAUUUUGCCAAACGCAGAAUGCGACCUAAAUAUGAAUUUGUUACACAAGGGUGUUCUUAACGCUGCUCCUUUCGUAGGAAUGUUAGUAUCAUCUGUGGUAGCAGGGUUUCUAACAGAUACAUUUGGACGUAAAAUUUUCCUAGUCGGUGGAUACGGUGGGAUGUUCUUUUUCGGUGUGGUAUCAGCCUUCAGUCAGACUUAUGAGAUGUUAAUUUGCAGCAAAUUCUUUGAAGGACUUUUGUUUGGAGCAGCGUAUAGUCCUUGCAUGACCUUUACGGCAGAGUACUGCCACAAUGAGGUUAGAGACAGAGUGUUCUUGUUCCAAUCGUCAUUUCAGCCUAUUGCACAAAUUGUUUUGGCUGCAUUGUCCUGGGCUAUACUUAUACAAGACUGGGAAACGUCUUUCUUCGGUGGACUUAUCGUUCUGCAUACUUGGAACUACUAUCUAAUCGUUAUAUCGCUAUUUUCUUUAAUUGCUUGCAUUUUAUAUUGUCUACAACCCGAAAGUCCAAAGUACUUAGUCACACAAAAUCGAUUCGACGAAGCAAGGGAAACACUCAAAAAAAUUUACAAAAUGAAUACUGGAAAACCUAUAGAGACAUUCUCGCUUGCAAACAUUUGGAAAGAAAAAAUAUAUCCAGUUCACGAUGCUCCAGAACUUACAAUAAAAUCAACGUUUUCUUCUCAACUAGCCAACGGACUACAUAACAUAAAGCCAAUGUUCAGGAAACCAUUGUGUUUCUAUUUGAUUCUCGUUUGCGUUAUGAAUUAUUUCACAAUGACUUUAUACAAUACUAUCAGGCUAUGGUUCCCACAGCUUUCAACCAUAGUUGAACAUUACGCUGGAGUUGAUGGAAAUUCGGAACUCUGCGGAACGUUAGAUGCGUAUACAAAAGAUUUGAGAUUAAAAGCUGUUAAUGUAACGGAUGCAGUUAAACACGGUUGCUUACCAACUCGCAGUGGUACAGAAACAUAUGUGAACAGUAUAAUCUUAGGUUGUGUUAGUGUGACGCCAUACGUUUUGAGCGGGAUCCUUGUGAACAAAGUUGGAAAGAAGAUUUUGAUCAUAUCAGCCGCCCUGCUAACGAUUGCCGCAACUUUAUGGUUGAGGUGGUCAAGUUCAAGGAUCGAAAUAGUGGGAUUAUUUGCUGCCGAUAUGGCGUUUGGUCAGACUUUGAUGAGCCUUUUGCAAUCUACUACUAUUGAUCUCUUCCCGACUUCUAUAAGAACACUGGCGAUAUCAAUGUUAAUGACAGUAGGUCGCAUUGGAUCAAUGGUAGCAAACGUUCUAUUCCCUAUACUUCUAGACAUAGGGUGUAUUGUACCGUUCUAUACCUUCGCAGCAAUUAUGAUUUGUGUUUUAGGGCUUGCAUUUUUCCUGCCCAGGGACAGGAGAAAGUAACACAAAAAAGUCAAAGCAAUUAUUCAGAGCACUCCAUACAAGAAAUUUUCAGUCGAAAUUAAUUUAAUAAUGAGGUUCUGUUCGCC